AUGGAUCCCCUGAAAGAUGCCAACUCCGCGGCCGGUAGCCGCAAUGCCAGCCCCAGCUCUGGCUCUGGCUCCAACCUUCUCUUCAUCAACUCUGCCGGACCUGCACGCGGCAGGCCCCGAGAUCAAGCCACUACGCGCCAAAUCCGGCAGCAUGUAAUGCGAGACAUUGGCAAGGCUCGACGGAAGCCGCGUCGAAAUCCCCAGGUCGACCUUGGAGUUCAUUCUCCAAAGAGGAUUGCGGGUCCGUCUACAGCAUCCUGCACUUGCACGGCUGUAGGGCUGAACCAGGCACUAUGUGAUAGUUGCACUCAGCUGGCUGCAGGAGCGGCAAUUUUGCCGCCCCUUUCUCGUCCCUUCUGGGAUCAGCAUCCGCUGGCCAUGAUGGAACACAACUGGGGGAUGGAUGCGUUUGCAGCGUACGGCCUCGCAUUGGCUGUCAACUGGGAGCAGUCUUAUACCGAUCCAUCGAUUUCGCGAUUCUGGUUCCCCUUUGCCUUCCAAGCUUCUGAUUUCUGCCGGGACUUCCUCACUGGCCCUGAAGUCCGCGCGGCAAUCCACUCUCAGUCGAAAGAAAGGAGUCAAGCUUUUGCAUUGGCUCGCUUCAUGGAGGUGACAUCCUGCAUAAACAGGCGGUUGCUGCUACCAGACGUCAGCGCAGCCACAGCGAUCAAUGUGGUCCAAGCAGUCAUGGGCUGCAUCUGCUAUAAUUUCAUUGUUUCGGAUUUCGAACAAGCUCGCGUCCAUCUAAGUGGGCUGAAAGUCAUGAUUUCUGCAAGAGGCGGGAUUGAGAGCCUUGCAAACAACAGCCAUGUUCUUAUGAUGCUUUUUUGGGUCGACACGUUAUCUUCUCUGAUAUUUGACCAAAAGCCCCGAUUUCCAAUGCCAACAUUAUUAAUACCUCCUCUACCAAACGAAGAAUUGCCUCAAAUUCUCACAACGCUGGAACCGAAUCUCGGUAGGUUGUGCUCUGACACAGAUACCCAUCACAGAGCCAUAGCUUCUGCCUUUCAGGACAUAUGGUGUGUGUGCAAAAUCAUUCGACCGAAACUAGAGUUGUUGGGCGACAACCUAUGGCGAGAAGAGGUCUAUAUCGGCACCCAACUCAACCCCAUCGCAUACCGAAUUCUCGACUCUGAUGCUCAAACGCAUACAGAUACAUCAUUCUGCAUGCUGGAAGCUCUUCGCCUGGGAAUGCUUCUCUGGAUCCUGGGAAUCAAACAGAAAGCUCAGUCUUACCCAUGUUCGCCAGCUUCAUACAUUACCAGACUGCUACUACACUUGCAGAACCCGAGCAUGGCGAAUCUCACUCAGCAUUCGCCGUAUUUCAUUCCCUACCAGCUCUGGCUCCUCUUUAUUUGUGCGACCAUGACGCUCGACCCGACCGAUAAAGCAAUUGCCUUACAAUUAGUUGCUCGUAUAAUGAACGAAACUAGAUGGACCUGGAUAGACGUGACGGUAUAUAUGCAGCAGCUUCCGUGGAUAAGCGAUUUCAGAGUCUAUAACGAGUCACUUGCCGCAGAAGUUGAGCUAUAUCGUGGUGUGACAUCUUUCGUUUAA